GGUCACGUGACUGGGUCAGAAAGCAGAUUAACGGCUCUCUCCGAGUCCCGCGUGCAGACUCAGGCUGGAUGUGGCGCCAACCGCUCCAUCUUUUCGGGACGUCGUAGCACCGAAAAACCGGACUUCUUUGGGGCAACCUUCAUGAAAUAACCUGCUAACGGCGGCGUUCAAGAUGAUUUCGCCGUGGGACCGGUGGUACUCGACGAGUUGCUGCCUGUGCUGCCACGUACGGACGGGCACCAUUAUUCUGGGUAUUUGGUAUAUGCUCAUCAAUGCAGUGGUCCUACUCAUUCUGCUGUCCGCUCUCAAUGACCCUGUGCAGUACCGCUACCACCUCACAAGCUCUGAGCUGGGGACUGACAUUGAUGUCAUGGAUGAUGCUAAUAUCUGCAUUGCAACUGCAAUAUCCCUUCUCAUGAUCCUCAUCUGUGGCAUGGCAACCUACGGUGCUUUUAAGCAACACGCUGCUUGGAUCAUUCCAUUCUUCUGCUACCAAAUCUUCGACUUUGCCCUUAACACACUGGUAGCCAUAAGUGUGGUGGUUUAUCCCAACACAGUGCAGGACUACCUCCAUCAACUGCCGGGAACCUUCCCAUACAAAGAGGACAUCAUGUCCACCAACAACAUGUGCCUAGUUCUUGCAGUUCUUCUCUUUAUUGGCGGCAUUCUCUGCUUCAAGGCCUACAUGAUUGGCUGUGUGUGGAACUGCUACAGAUAUGUGAGCGGCAGGGGAACCACUGAAGUCCUGGUCUAUGUCACGACCAACGACAACACGGUUCUGCUUCCACCAUACGAGGAAGCCGUAGCCAUUCCGCCGAAGGACACUCCUCCUCAGUACAACCAGGCUUAAGAGAUACCCUCACUUCAAGAUUAUGGACCCCACAUAAUCUCCCUCCCCACAGUAGGACCCCGACUCUGUCUGUAACACAUUAAAAACUCGAAUGCAAAGUUAGAUGCUGGCUCCCUCCCUGUUAACUGUGACUUCCUCUGUCCGGCCUGGUGCAGUUUUCCUCUCCAAGCGUGCACUUCCUUACGUGCUUUUACCCCCCAAAUCCACGUGCACAUUUGUAAUCUACAAGUGCAGCUGUUUGGCCACCAACUGUUAACCCCCAUUACUGUGAAUCGUGGUGAUUUUUAGAGGUGGAAUACAGCCAGUAAAGCGACGGUUAUCAGGAGCACUUUUUUAUCAGAAAUUGACAGAUUUCUUUUACUGAAUGUAACGUUUGGGUAUUUUUGUAUGAACAUUUAUAUAAAAGUGAAAACUGAGAGGAAACACUUGAAAAGUGAAAGGCUGUGAUACGGUAACACCUCGUCUGCUAAUGUUUCUUGUUUGUUUUUGUUUUUUAUGCAUAAAAAACGACCGUCUUCCUUCUGUUUGGUCCAGUUUGUAAACUUAGAGCCCAUCCACUGCCAGUGAAUUCAUUUUUAUUGCUAUAUUCCAGCUUGCCUUCUGAUCCUUUUCUUGAUCUAUAACCUUUAUUAACCAGUGAAGAGCUCAUGAAAACUGUACAGUGUUUAAAUAUUCAGCCCCUGCACAUUACCAGUAUAUGAGAGCUGGACUGACUCCUCCCACUUGGCGUUCUAAAUAGGAAGUACCUGCUGCAUGUUAUUCACGUUAUAAACUGACCAAUCAGAUGCCUCAAUAAAAGGAUGUGGUCUCAAAGGGAAUGUUUGAAACGUCUGAUUCAAUUCAAUGCUUUCUAGCGGUAGGGGUGUGGACUUCCAACAAAGCUCCUCAGUGGUUUCCAUAGAAACGUUGACUGACUCAGACCAACCGCUGCUUACUGAUGACGUCUGGCUCCACGGCGUCCGUAUCGCAAAAAAACUGGCGCCUUGAUUGACUUUGUUGGAGCCAGAAGUGAUUUGUUUUCCAUGGAUGAUGUCAAUCACUCGAUCCAGUUCUCUUACAGUCAAUUCCCCUGCAGCAGUGACAGGUUUCUGACUCCGCCCACCAACCUGCAGCAGCAACAGCUGCGUCUUCACGGUCCUUCUUGAUCUGAAGUCCCACUCUGACCGUUGAAGUUGAGCUGAUUUUUGCCGCGCUGCAAACUGUUCGACUGCUGUAAACCCACAAACUGCACACACAGGGUUUGUGUGACAUGAUGCAACUCUUCCACUCCUUUUUCCUAUUACUUUUGCAUUUAUUGACCUCAGCAACCCAUACGUGAAGCUAGUUCAGCAAUGCUUGCUCACUGUUAUCGGAUGAGGAAAAUUAUGGGAUAGAUGACUGCUUUUAGCAUUCCAGCUAUGCAACAGUGCAUUCUCCAAUGUAUUUGUUGUGGAAACACAGAUGCCAUGGAUUUAAAUGUUAUUCUACUAAUAUUUCCAUUGACAACACAUCGGACAUCUCUGCUGUUCUUUUUCCUGUGUGAAAUCUGUCUGCUGUGUUUUCAAUGAUCCGAGUAAACAUGCACUUUACAAUCAGUGUCGGCUCACUGGGAAUUCACGUCUAUUUUCCAUGUCAGGCUGUAGUUCAGCAGUUUCUGCAGCCACCUAGGCCUGGAUCCUGACAUGUUGGCAAUCAUGACACAAAUCAACAGAUUUUUAUGUGAUCAACUGAUUUUUCUCCCUGUAUUGGAUCAGUGUAUUGGGCUUUCAUUUUUUUGUUCAUAAUUCAUGUGAAACCUGUCCUCUGCCCCGUCGUUGGAUCUGCAUGAGCUCAUUUGUUAAACUGAACAAUAAAACGCUAAAUUGACAAGUUU